AUGGGUGCACAAGGAGCUCUUGGACCUUCAGGAGCGCCCGGCCAACCGGGUCAGCAAGGUCAGCAAGGUCAAAGAGGUGAUUCAGGUUUGCAGGGCGACCAAGGGCCAUCAGGACAACCAGGAAACAUGGGUCCAGCAGGACAGCCUGGCUCUCGUGGAUCACAAGGAGCGCAAGGUGCACCUGGGGCACCGGGAAUAAAUGGACAGCAAGGUGCAACUGGUAUGCCGGGUCUCAAUGGUGCCAAUGGACCAAUUGGCAGUCCUGGUUCCCAAGGACAACCAGGUCUCUCUGGAUCUCCAGGUCAGCAGGGUCAAAGAGGAGACAAUGGCUUACCAGGUUCUACAGGAGCUCCUGGCUCUAAAGGCCAGCAAGGCAACAAAGGUUUACCAGGCAAUUCAGGAUCAUCUGGAACACCCGGUCAGCCUGGAGCUCCAGGUACUCAGGGAUCUACUGGUUCAGUUGGUGCUAAUGGAGCAACUGGUCUUCAAGGCUUACAAGGUGAUGCGGGAACACCUGGACAACCUGGUCAACGAGGCCAACCUGGGUUGCCAGGAACUGACGGUCAGCCGGGAUCUCAAGGACAACAAGGAUUACGGGGUGAACAAGGACAACAAGGUGUGGCAGGCUUUCCGGGUUCUGUUGGACAACAAGGUGUGCAAGGUCUUCAAGGAGCAAGAGGUCAGACAGGAUCACCUGGUCAAAAUGGACAACAAGGACCUCAAGGUUCAUUUCUUUAG